AGCUGUCAGAGACUCCCUCCCGUUCAGCACAAGCCAGCAUGUGGUGGGGAACCCUCAGUUUGCUGUUCUGGGUGCCGGCGCAAGCAGCCUUUCUGAACAUGGAGACCAUCACGGUAGAGGAAGGCCAGACCCUCACCCUAACGUGUGUUACUUCUCUGACAAAAAACGCCUCUCUCCAGUGGCUGGCUCCCUCAGGGUUCACCAUUUUUUUAAAUCAGCAUCCUGCUUUAAAAAGUUCCAAAUACCGACUUCUUCACCAUUCGGCUACAGAACUCUCCAUUAUCAUGUCCAAUGUAACUCUACGAGAGGAAGGUGUGUAUACGUGCUUAAAUUACGGGAGUUCUGUGAAGACGAAGCAAGUGAGAGUGACCGUGUUAGUGACUCCUUUCCAGCCAACUGUGGAAGCUUUGGUUCUCAGAAGGCAGGAUGGAGAGAAAUCUGUUGUGCUGAAAUGUUCCACAGAGAGAAGCAAGCCCCCUCCUCAAAUCACCUGGCUGCUUGGGGAAGGCCUGGAGAUCUAUGGUGAACUUCACCAUGAAUUUGAAACUGAUGGGAAGAUAUGUAACACCACCAGCACACUCAUAGUCCGCUCAUAUGGGAAAAACUCAACCGUGCACUGCAUUGUCCAGCACAAGGGCUUGCAAGGAAGGAAGCUGGUUGCCCCCUUCCGGUUUGAAGAUUUGGUUGCCGGUCAAGAAACAACUUCAGAUGCCCCUGAGCAGAGCUCUCUCUCCUCCCAAGCCCUCGAGCAAUCCACGAGCACGGUCUCAAUGAUGGAAAAUUCCACUGCACCAGAGACUGACAAGGAAGAAAAGGAACAUGCCACUCGAGACCCUGGCUUGAUCACUGAAGCCAGCGCUCAGCACACAGGACUGGCCAGGAGGAAGAGUGGCAUCCUGUUGCUCACACUGGUGUCCUUCCUCAUUUUCAUCCUCUUCAUCAUCGUUCAGCUCUUCAUCAUGAAGCUGCGUAAGGCACAUGUGAUAUGGAAGAAGGAAAGUGAAAUUUCAGAGCAAGCUCUAGAAAGUUACAGAUCAAGAUCCAACAAUGAAGAAACAUCUUCCCAGGAGAAUAACAGCCAGGCUGCCCAGUCUAAGCGUUGCAUGAACUACAUCACACGGUUAUACUCGGGAGUCAAAACGAAGAAGAGUGCCCAGCAUUGGAAGCUGGAAGGCAAGCACAGUCGUGUCCCGGAGAGUAUUGUGUAGUGUUCCCUGCAGUGGAAGCUAGGAUUUCAGGGCAGCAGCAUCAGGCCCUGGAAAGGAUCGUAAGUACCGUGACCUGAAAAAAAUAAAACGUCCAUUGAGUACAAUUCAAGACAGUGUCCAUUGAACCAGGGCAGCCACACGAGGACCAGGCCAUGGACAGAAAGCUCCUCAUUGAAAGAAAAACAUAGAAAGAACCUAUUAUGACUGACACUACCUCAGAGCUGGAGAACUCCGUCCGCUAAGUCUUUUGGAUCAGGGUCAAAAUGACCAGUGAGUGUGUGACCUCGAAGGGGGCAGCCGUUUUUAGAUACGGGACUGGAGUGAAACUAUCUGAAUCGGUUUAAAAACCUUUCCUUCUGGUCAAGAAGAACUUAAGCAUGAGAAGUACCCAAAAGAGAGCUGAAACCCCAGCAGCCUGCUUUCAAGACGGUCUCUCAGAAGAGGCCAUGUGGGCCACGGAGGAAAGUGGGAUGUCUCAGCAUGCAGUGGGCGUGAUGACUCAGAGGUCCACAACUCUCGACACAAGAGCUGAACUCAACUGCCAAGAGGCUUCCUUACUGUGAGCAAUUUUUAACCUCAUUACACCAUGGCAAAGCAUGGACAGAGGGAAACCAUGAGUUUGGCUGGCAGACUGUGGAAUUCACGAAUAGCUUUCGGAACUUUAAUAAAGACCGGAGUGUGUCUUUUUAGAGGCUGUUGUGCCCAUUGAU